AUGCUUGAUUUCGCCGCUGUUGAUGCUGCACCCUCUCAAGUCAUGGCAGAAAGCGACAUUGACAUCCCCACCAUCGACGCCGUCUUUCUUGUCCGCUUCGACACCCGCCGGGGCAAUAUACUGGAAUGGAGUGAUUCUACGCCAGGAAUCCAGCUUAACGGCAUUGAGUUCUCUGCCCUCCCGAGCGGUCUCCACAACAGUUCGCAGGACGUGAUAUAUUUUCAGCUGGAAGGGUGUAUUGGAGUAUCGGUGUAUGCAAAUGUGCCGUCAAGUAAUGUGGAGCAUCGUGGAGCGCAGAUGGCCUCUGUCGGGAUCCUUGUCAAACCAAGUGCCGAUACUGGGCGAUGUGGACAAGUCUGGAGACAUGUCCAGUUCUUGAAAGGCCAGGCAAGGCACCACGCCACCAAUGACUCGGAUACGACAGAGUUGGCUGCAUAUUUUGCUCGACAUAAAACGCCACUGCAUGCAGCGGGACCUUCGACAUCCUCCAGCAAACGGGACGCUUAUCGCGCUCGCAACAUUCGUCGAAUCAGUCGCUCUUUCACGCUUUCAGAACCUAUUCCGGCAAUCACACAAUCCCAAAACGGACGCCAUGAAGUUACGCAGACAGACGAUAUUCCUGCAUCACACCCCUCGCACCAUUUUCUUCGCCUUGUACAGGCAUUGGGACCGUCCAUUUACAUUCUUUGGAAGGCUGCCCUGCUGAGGAAGCGCAUUCUCAUAUAUACCCCUCCUCCAAUCGAGUCUGCCUGUCUCUUUGUGUACAAUGUUUGUCUUAUGGCGACCGUGCCUUUCGGAACCAGCGUUAUAUCACAGAGUAAAUCAAACGAGAAGAUACAGCCGCUGUUUUGCGUUGGCAUCCAUGACAUUGACCAUAUGGAGGCCUUGCGAGGCGGAUAUGUUGCCUGUACCACGGACAAACUGUUCCUAUUCAAGUCUCAAUUGUAUGAUGUCCUCGUCGAUUUAUCUGCACCAACUACGAAGGCAAUAUAUGCUACUCCAUCGAGUGCCCAUCCCCUGAUACAAAUAGUUAAGUCAACAGGCAAAGGACUUGAACAAACAGAGUGCCAUCCUAAUGCGGCCGACAACCGUCGGUAUUUUAUACUGCUCCAAGAACUGGGACGAUUCCGGAGGCGUCAGGAAUGGAUGCAAAGGCGGCUAUACGCCGAGGCAGCAUCCUCAGGGUCGUAUACAGACCCUGGAGAGACCGAGGACGCAUCAGAGCUACAUGAGCCAGAGCUGCCCACCAUCGAUUCUACGGCGGGUAUGCCUGUGAGUGGAUUCAAUAUGUCCGACACACUUCGAAAGAUGCUCACUGGAGGCUGGUGGUGGUGGUAUGGAGGUGAGGAUUCUGAAGAGGAUGGAUUAGAGUCGUUGCUCCCACGAGCGACAGUUCCUGAGCAGGAGCAUGAGUCCCAGGAUGAGAAUGGACCGCUGAGUGGUGCGCGCUUGCAGGUUAUACAUACGCAAGCUAGUGGUUCUUCCGACACAGAAGCCAUCAGGUUCUUCCAUAAUCUCACUUCGAUAUUAUUUAUGGAUCUGGGUCAACUGAUAGCGUUCAAGGAAACAGCAGCCAUUUUUGAGGAGGCUGAGUCUGUUUCGAUUAUCGCCGAGGAGGAUGCGUCGAGACGACCGGUUGAGAUAUCCAGGCAGGACAUGCGCCAAUUGGGCCUGGAUCCGUUCAAAGACUGCGAUUUUGUCCAUGAGCUGGGACGCCUGUACUUUGGUUCAGAAGUCCAGCUCGAUGACUCUGGGUUUAGUGUUUGGUGCUGUAAUCUUUCAAGCUGCUGUUUGCCGCCAUCCUAA